AUGGCCGAGCUGGGAGAUGCGGACUCGGGGUCGAGCAGUGUGGAGCCUGGUCAUCGAAUGACCCAUCGCCGCAAACUUUUACUCCUGGAGGAAUCAGAGGAUGAACUCCCUUUCCUCAAGCCAUCUACGCAUCCCAUGCCUGAACCGAAGAAGGCUGUGAAACUUGUUGGUAUGGGAGUGGAGGGUGGUGGAAAAAAGGAGGACACUCCUCAUGCUGGACGUCGUAAGCUGCGGAAAGCAAUGCUGCCAGCAGAGAAGACUAAGUCUCGUACUAGUGGCCAGAAGGUGGGGAAGGCUAGGCGGGGCAAGAAGGAGGAGCUGCGGAUUGAGGAUGCGAACUUGGUUGAUGUUCCUAUACAUUUGGGUGCGUUGCUCACCCACACUAUGCGCUCCCUGUCGCCAUCCCUGGUGGAUAAUGAUGCGGCUGCGGGGUCCUCUGAUGAGGAGGCGGAACAAUGUUUUGAAAUUAAACGACGUACCAAAGGGAAGGAACCUGCUGAUAUCGCCCGAACCAAUCAUGGUCGAGUGGGAAUGGUGGUGGCCGCUUUUGAAGCAGGCAUGACCCUUAACCCGGUAGGUGAAGGGAGCUCGGAGACUGUGCCCAAAGAUUGA